AUGAUUGCGAUAAGAACACCAACAAGCCAAUGCACCGGUAUUCUGGUGACUCGCCGACAUAUCAUUACGGCUGCUCAUUGUUUCGGUAAUAUGGAGAAUGGAUGCAGCGCUGAAACCAUGGAGUCGCUCGAAAAAGUGGUUGAAGGAACAAAAGUCAUGGUUGAUGGCGUUUGUUCUGAGGUGAACAAGGGGGAGAAAUGCAGUAAAAAGGAUAUCGGCUUAUUUAUGAAAAUCAAA